GCCUUGGCGAAGGGGCUUCUGGGAAUUGUAGUCCCGGGCCGAGCGAGGGGAAGAUGGCGGUGCCCAAGGCCGCGGUGGUGCUGAGGCACGUGAAGAGCGUCAUGGUCCGGUUCUGCCCGUUCCAGACCAACGUGGAAACCACACGAAUAUUUCUUGAACAUGUAAACAGUAAAAAAGCCCGUGCCUCCAAUAUCAGCUGUGUAGUGACAACAGAUGUAAGACAUGAUGGAUCUGAACCUGUUGUAGACAUCAUGUUUGCUGAUGGAGACAGAUUGAUAAUGAAAGGAGCCAACUUGACAGCAGCAGAAAUGUUAUCAGCUUUCAACUCCAGAUGCAUAGCAAAAGACCUUAAGGCAGAAGAGAAAACCAAGAAAAAGGGUGCUUGAAGAUCAAAGGAACAAUUAUGGUUAAAAUUGUUUAGGCAUGUGAAAAGCAGCGAGCAGCUUUUGUCAUCAGAACUACAUAGGAAACGUCACUAAUAACUGACAUGAAAUCUUAAAAAGAGACAUGGACAAAAUGCUGGCCAAUUCAACAUACAGCUGAAUGAUUCAUAUAAAUAUAUAUUUUUCCUAAGGAAAAUAUAAUGGAGAAGCUAAAAUCAUUAACUCUGGCAGGGUCGACAAGUCUUGUAUGCACAAAUAAAUUCCUCUAGCCAUAUACACAAACCAUCAGUCUCUUGACCAUGCGCACGGUGGAUCAAUGCCAUGCCUAUUUGUAUAUUAAUAUGAAUAAUGAAGAUGAGCCUAAGAAAUUUGUUACAAAUGGAAAAAUUAAGUUUAGACAGUGUUUUCAGCAUACAUGCUAUGCACUGGUAUCCAAAACUUUAUUAGAUUGUUAAACGACGUUAUUGCUUUUAAAGUUAGUCAGUAAAUAUAAAUGUGAUGAAUAAGUUUAAAAUAUCUAGAUUUGCUGUCACUCAGCUACAGUAUUUUAGACAAAAUUCAGGACAGAUUCUAUAGUGUUCUACUUGUCCGUCAGUAAGUAACUGAUUUUGAUUUAAGCAGGGCCGGCUUUAAGCUGAUUCCCCAGAAUGGGGCCCCACACCUUAGGUGUCUUUUAAAUUUUAUUUUUUUUAACUCACCCGGCGGUGGUGGGGGUUCGCUCCGGGGCUUCGGUGGCAUUUUGGCGGGAGUGGGGGGUCCGCUCCAGGGCUUCGGUAGCAUUUCGGAGGUGGGGGAUGGGUGGUCCGCUCUGGGGCUUCGGCGAUAUUUUAGCAGAAGAUUUCUGAUAGUGAGGUUUUUUUACCCACGAAAACUUAUGCCCAAAUAAAUGUUAGUCUUUAAGGUG